GCGAAAGAUUUGGUGAACAGUCGAGAUUUCUUGAAAACCCGAGAUUUUACGAUCUUUCAUUUGAGGUGGUAUUGAAAGAUUAACUUGUCACGCCAGAAAUUAGGACUAUCGAAGGUCAUAUGAAAGAUUUAUACUUGACUAUACGGUCAUCAUAUUCUAUUGUCAGACAAACGUUUUUGAAAUUAACCUACUUUUGGUCUUAUUUUAUCUUCUUUGUCGCUAAUAUUCAGACCACUUGGGUUGCAAAAAUCCUGUAUUUGUUUUGGUUGACAGAAACGGAGACUACACGUGCCUGGGGGUACUGUUCUCUCGUCCCACGAGGCUGACAAACAUGGCCCAUUUAGGGAAAGGUACCCCCCACCUCUUCCCCCCCUCCUGUACUAACAAGAUAUGUUUUAACUAAACAACAAACAGACGUUUCAAACAACAAGAACAUACUCUAUGGGCUUCAAUGAUAAAGUUUACCAGAGUCACCUAUUUUUUAUAUACAUUUACUUCAAAUUUAAAGUUAGUUGCUCUAAACCCUGUCAGUGUUCUGUAAUUAGUAGAUUGUUUAUUAGCCAUAAAAAUGCAUCAAUUUCAAACAAUAUACUAGUUAAUAGAGACAAGCCCACAGUAUGACCUGCAAUCAGGCAUCUUCCCCCCUCCCCGCUGGGUUUGAAUACAGGGGGGAUGGGGAGGGUAUGAUCGCAAGUUACCCACCUUGUGAGUACCUGAUUUAUAUGACCACCUCAGCAUCAUGACCACUUUUGUUUCCACUGAAAAAAAAAUCUGUCAAUCAGUCUUGUCUUGUCUUUUCUUUCAUCUAAUCACACGUGACCACUGCGACAAUACAACAUGGUUUUGGAAGGCGCACCAAGAUCAGAUUUAGUAGGAUCCAUAAUAGUUUCAAAGUUAAUCCCAGGUGUAUAAGGGGAAAUUGGAUUGUUACCCCAAGGGUUUUUUCAGAAUUCUGAAAACACGAUUCACUUUGUGACAGUGAAACUUUCGGAAAUGGUUCAUUUAUUCUGUUUUAAAAUUUUGAUGUACUGAUGUCAUCUUCAUCUGUUUCCCCAUAUCAUUUGACACUACCAUAGUAGGUAAUGGUAUUUGAAUUUUAGUUUAAGCCAACUUUGAUCUUUUGUUGUUUUUUUUUAUAUAGUUUUCUUAAGCUGCAUUGCCCAAUUAGUACCUUAAUCUUUAUAUUUCGAUAUUAGUUUGAAGUAAGUUUUUUAAUCGGUAAUUUGUACAUUAUUUCAGAUCCGAAGAUGACAGAUCUAAGAUAGUAGACUUACGAUAUGAUGUCACCUGAUAUCAUAUGACACAUAAUUGACAAGUAACUUCUUAUCUUGUUCAAACUGAGGACUAUCAAUGAAAUGGAAAUAAUUUUGAUAUACUUUAUUAUAAUGAAAACUAAAGGGGAGGGAUUUCCCUUUUACGCCUGUCCCCUCCUUGUUUCAUAGUUUGUGGUGAGAAUUUUCCGAAGUUAUCCAAAAGGUUUUGAUGAGUCCAAUUAUAAUGAAAAACUAUGGGGAGAGAACCCUUUUAUACCUACCUUGACCAUUUUUCCACAGUCUGUGGUCACCAUGGUAAUUUUUCAAAAUUAUUGAUCAGAAAUAAUUUUGAUGCAGUCUAUUUGUAACAAAAAUCUAGGGGAGGGCCCCUUCCCCCUCUUCCAUCUUUUUGUCACAGUCUGUAGAGGUAUGAGUUUGCUGAUUGAAAUAAAUUAUUAUAAAUAUUAUUCUCAUAAGGUCAAAUAAUAGGUAUCAUAACAUUUUGAAAAAUCCUUUGAGUACAUGUACAUUGUGUACAUCGUUUGGUGUUUUUAUUGUCAAUUACACUUAAUGUUUCAAAAUUGUGGAUGUCUCUUAAAAGUUAAAUGAUUAUUGUUCCUUAACAGUAUAUCAGUGGGUUUAACAGGCACCAAGCUUGGAUGUAGUGAAGGAGGCUGUGGAGCAUGUACUGUCAUGAUCUCCAAGUACGAUCAUGAAAAUAAGAAGAUCAAACAUCUUUCUGCAAAUGGUUGUUUGCUGCCAUUGUGUGCAGUUGAUGGCAUGGCUGUUACCACAGUGGAAGGUAUCGGAAGCACCAAGACUGCUUUGCAUCCAGUACAGGAACGGAUUGCUAAAUCUCAUGGAUCUCAGUGUGGAUUUUGUACUCCAGGAAUUGUAAUGUCCAUGUAUGCUCUGCUGAGGAACAACCCUUUACCAACACACAAAGAAAUGGAAAGUGCCUUUGAAGGAAAUUUAUGCCGAUGUACUGGUUACCGGCCCAUUCUGGAGGGAUUUAAGACCUUCACAAAGGAAUGUUGCAGUAAGGGAGGGAAUGGCUGUUGCAAGGAAACAAACCAAAAUGGAACCUGUAAUGGCACUGUGCAGAAUGGUGUUUUAAAUGGUGCCAAUGAACUGUUCAAGGCUGCAGAAUUUGCUCCAUAUGAUCCAACACAGGAUGUGAUCUUCCCCCCUGAACUAAUGCUUCCAGAAGCUGCCAAGCCAAAGAGUCUCUACAUUAAAGGAGACCUUGUCACUUGGAUCAGACCAACAACAUUAGAAGAAUUGUUAGAGCUGAAGAUGAAACAUCCAAAAGCUAAACUUGUGAUUGGUAACACUGAGAUAGGAAUUGAAAUGAAAUUCAAGAAGCAGAAUUACCCAGUCCUGAUAGCUCCUACUCACAUCCCAGAACUAAACGCUGUGGAACACACAUCAGAUGGCAUCAAGUUUGGUGCCUCAGUGACUCUUACUACGUUAGAAGAUGUUCUCAAUGAGGCUUGUCACUCCAUGCCUGAAUACAAGACAAGAUGGUUCACAGCAAUACUUCACAUGCUCAAGUGGUUUGCAGGUCAUCAGAUAAGAAAUGUUGGGGCUAUUGGUGGAAAUAUCAUGACUGCCAGUCCAAUAUCAGACCUGAAUCCGGUGUUCAUGGCUGCGAGGUGCACUCUAACAUUAGCUGCUGCUGGAGGAAAAACAAGGAAAGUGAAGCUGGAUGAGAAUUUUUUCACUGGAUACAGAAGAACGGUGUUACAACCAAGUGAAGUUUUGGUGGACAUUUUUAUUCCGUUUACGGAAAAGCAUGAAUAUGUGUUCGCCUUCAAGCAAGCUCGUCGGCGUGAAGAUGAUAUUGCUAUAGUGAACACUGGUAUGCGAGUGCUAUUGGAAAAGCCAACAAAUUCCAGUUCAUGGAAAAUUCAGGAUUGCAGUUUCAGUUUUGGAGGCAUGGCCCCUACAACAGUCAUGGCCAUGAAAACCAUCAAGGGACUCACUGGCAGAACAUGGAGCGAGAGUAUUGUUGAAGAUGCUUGUCAGUUGUUAGCUGAAGACCUGCCACUCAAACCCGGGUCACCAGGCGGUCAGGUGGAAUACAGGAGAUCACUUGGCACGAGCUUCUUCUUCAAGUUCUAUUUGAAUGUUUCUGUACAGCUCAGUAACCAAGAGGCAGCUCCCAAAGUUGAGAUUCCAAAGACCUUCGUGAGCGGAACCGGUCAUUUUCUAAGAGAUGUUACCUACAGCACACAGACCUUCCAGGAAGUCCCGGAUGAUCAGUCGAUAGAGGAUGUGGUUGGUAGGCCUGUUGCGCACUUAGCAGCUGCUAAACAAGCCACAGGAGAGGCAAUCUACUGUGAUGACAUCCCCAAAUAUGCAGGAGAGCUUUACUUAGCAGCAGUUUUCAGCAAACGUGCUCAUGCAAAAAUCCUGGAUGUUGACCCGAGUGAGGCUUUGCAUUUGCCAGGAGUAAAGACGUACCUUGGCGUUGAUGAUGUACCAGGCCAAAAUGCAACAGGACCUGUGAUAUUUGACGAGGAAGUAUUUGCCUCAGAGAAGGUGACAUGCGUGGGUCAAAUUAUUGGCGCUAUUGUCGCUGAAACUCAGGCCCAGGCCCAACGAGCAGCCAACUCAGUAAAGGUCACAUACGAGGAUUUACCGAGAAUAUUGACCAUUGAGGAAGCCAUAGCGGCCCAGUCGUUCUUGGAAUCUACACCAAUGUGUAUUCAGAAAGGGGACCUGGAAACUGGUUUUGCUGAAUCUGAUCACGUGUUAGAAGGAGAGAUGAGAGUUGGCGGACAGGAACACUUCUAUUUGGAGACACAAGCCACAAUAGCUGUUCCUAAAGGGGAAGAUGGUGAGAUGGAACUUUUCGUUUCCACUCAAAAUCCAACAUUGACUCAGAAACUCGUUGCAAAAGCUCUAGGAGUUCCUGCCAAUAGAAUUGUGGUGCGGGUCAAAAGAAUGGGCGGUGGAUUUGGAGGCAAGGAGACUCGGAACUGUUUUCUUUCCAGUGUUGUGGCUGUGGCGGCUGCCAAGGUUGGUAAGCCUGUGCGAUGCAUGCUUGAUCGAGAUGAGGACAUGAUGAGCACGGGCACAAGGCACCCAUUCUUGGCCAAUUACAAGGUUGGCUUCACAGUGAACGGGAAGAUCAAGGCUUUAGAUGUCAAGAUGUACAGCAAUGCUGGAAAUUCACUUGAUUUGUCCAAAGCUGUCAUGGAGCGAGCUCUUUUUCACAUGGAAAACUGUUAUCUUAUCCCUAACAUCCGUGGACAAGGCUACAUGUGUAAGACCAAUAUCCCAUCAAACACUGCGUUCAGAGGAUUUGGCGGACCGCAGGGUAUGAUGUUUGCUGAAUCAUGGAUCGGUGACAUUGCAGUCACGUGUGGCAUUUCACAGAGACAGGUCAGAGAGCUGAACUUUUAUCACGAAGGAGAUGUAACUCAUUUUAAUCAAGAACUUGCCAGUUGCCACAUCCAGCGGGUUUGGGACGAGUUGGUUUACAAGUGUAAAUAUGAAGAAAGAAGGGAACACUUUGAUGCAUUUAACAGGGAAAACCGUUGGAGAAAGCGAGGCAUCGCUUUGACGCCCACCAAGUUUGGGAUUAGUUUUACUGCACUCUUCAUGAAUCAGGCUGGUGCUCUGGUUCACGUGUACACAGACGGAUCAGUUCUGGUUACUCAUGGUGGAACAGAAAUGGGGCAAGGACUACACACCAAAAUGGUGCAGGUAGCUGCUCGUAGUUUCGGAAUUCCAUUGUCUAAAAUCCACAUUUCUGAAACAAGCACUAACACAGUUGCAAACACAUCUCCGACAGCAGCGUCAGCUUCAUCUGAUCUCAACGGCAUGGCUGUCAAAAUUGCCUGCGAGCAAAUCCUUGAGCGGUUAAAACCUUAUCAAAUGGAAAAUCCUAAAGGAACGUGGGAGGACUGGGUUCGCUCUGCCUACUUUGAUCGCGUCAAUCUUUCUGCCAAUGGAUUCUAUAGAACACCUGACUUAGGAUACGACUGGAAAACGAACACUGGCCGAGUGUUUAACUAUUUUUGUUUUGGUGCUGCUUGCUCUGAAGUGGAGGUCGACUGCCUCACGGGAGAUCACCAGGUUCUUCGUACAGAUAUUGUGAUGGAUGUUGGUACCAGUCUUAACCCGGCUAUCGACAUCGGACAGGUCGAAGGCGGUUUUGUGCAAGGACUGGGUCUGUUCACCCUGGAAGAAGUUCGAUACUCUCAAAGCGGCUCUCUGUGGACGAUGGGGCCUGGGGCAUAUAAGAUUCCCGGAUUUGCAGACAUACCAGUGGAGUUUUACGUUCAUCUUCUGCGCAGUGCACCGAACGAGAAAGCUGUUUACUCUUCAAAAGCUGUAGGAGAACCUCCGUUGUUCCUGGCUUCCUCCGUGUUUUACGCCAUCAAGGAUGCUGUAAUGGCUGCCAGACGUGAGUCAGGUGUUGAAGGGAUCUUCAGACUGGACAGUCCUGCUACCAGUGAGCGCAUUAGAAUGGCUUGUGUCGACCAGUUUACUAAACAGGUGUGAGAGACCAGCUCUAUUGAACAGCAAUGGAAAUUGAGCUAUAUAAAUAAAGUGUUGU